CAGUGGACACUGGCGGAUGACAAGUGUGGACACUGAAGGAUAUAAAUUAAGUAUAGAGGGCGAUAAAUACCAAUGUUCAUUUAUUGAAGGCUGCUAUAUUGUGAUAUCACAGUUGCAUCUUCCAUGUAAGUAAUGUCUGAAAAGCAAAAAACCAACGAACUCAAGAUGGUUCCAGGCCGCAGUACAGCCACGUAUUUCUUCUUCAAUCUGCUGAUCUCGAUCUGUUCCUACGUCUUGGAAAUCUUCACCUACGUCAUGGCGCUGAUAUUCAUUUACCAACUUGAAGGGGAAAGCGACUGGCUAUGGACUAUAGGAUUAUUAACAGCUUUCCCAAUCUUUGCAACACAGGUUUUAUCGCUUUAUUGGGCGCUUUGGAGGACGGAUAUCUGUACAAGAAAAUACGGCUGCUUCGCUUUGAUUUUCUAUGUCAUCAUUCACGUGUUUCAACUUGGAGUUGUUUUCAGGUUCGCUCGCCUUGUUGUCUGCAAUGACGUCAUGGAAGCAGACGAUGGAAUGGCGGAGGCGACCUUACUCAGACUCUUUCACGCAUUCUGCGGAGGGUUACCGAGCCUUUUCAUCACAUCCUACAUGGCCGUCAUGAAUUCUACAUUUCGGGAUUGGCAAAUUAUUCUCGUCAUCGCUACCGCGUUAUGGUCGAAUUCGUGGGCCUUGGCUUCGUUUCGUCGCCAAGGACAAACGUUACUGGACUUCAACAGUGUCCGGAAGGCUAUCCCUGGUGCACUCAUCAAGACGUUAUGGAGGAUAGGAGAGCUAAGUUGUAGGGUCAUGGCACUGGUUUUGUUCGCCGCAGCGUACGGCUACUGGGUGUUUUUAGUUUUAUCUCUUCACUGGACCGUCAUGUUCAUCUGGCUCUUCGUCUUAGACGUUAUGGACAGGAAGGGCAAGAGGAGCAAACGUCAGCCGAUUCGCAGCCUGUUGCUCUCAGCUGCUACGGCUUUCAUUCAUAUCUUGUGCUUCCUGAACCUGCAGACGACGCAACCAAGGUAUAAGGUCCUGUGUUUCUACCUAGUGACAUUCUCCGAGUGUGUCAUGCUGUUUGUGGCCUGGGUUCUUAAUGAUGGCUACAAUAGCAAUUUAUUUUGGUUCUCCAUGAUAAUCAUCGCCUCAGGGAUAGCUCUCGCUCUGGUCUCUAUGAUAAUCUACCAUAAAUAUUUCCACCUUGCCGCACAGAUUCCCAAGAAUAGUCCAGGAAAUCAGCUGCCGGACCCACAGGGUUGUAUCAACUGUAAACUCAGCAUCUGCGUGAAACACGACACCACGGCACAGCGACCAUUCAAUGUGCGGUUCGCGGAGGCAUAUCUAAAAAGACGGGGAAGCUAUCCGUUGCUUUCUGAACCAGGCAAGAAUAACACCAAUACCUAUGUUGAGUUUGAUAACGCGCUGCAGCGAAGACUGUCUGAGAGAAUGGUUAGUCGCGUAAGUAUCACAAUCAAGGGAGACAAUACGGAUCAAAACAACCAACAAUGUGUCACAAACAGAUCGUUUAGAAACAUAAAAGAAGAGAAAACGACUGAUAUUUGUAUCUCUUCUGACUCAAUUGGGACAAUUCCAGGAUUACAAGAUCAUCAGCGUCAUCUCAGCGGUAAUAAUAGCUUUAGUGACAGGCCUGCGGCAGCGAUAAGUUUUUCUAAGGGACAAAAUCCGUUUGCUUACGGAGCGAAUCCCGCGGAGAAUGACCUCGGAUCACGUCCGAUUGGACUACUUGUUGCGAACAAUAGCAUCCCUGUGGAGGAUGGAGAAACGCCUAAUGAACUAAGUGGGGAUCAUCUUGAUUCGGAUGGUGUUAGCGAAGGUUAUGUCGUACGGGAAUUUUCCAAAUUCGCCGGCGCUGGGCCGGACAAUGUCCUUCGUAAGGAAAGGCGGGUGCUUUCGCCCCGGGUCGCCGCAACUUCGACAAUCAAGUCGUAUAAGUCCAAGGAGAAGGACGCACCUUUGGGUGCUGGUAUUGACAAUGAGAGUUUUGAUUGUAAAAUUCCGUCGCUGGAUCUGUCCGAGGGCACGGACUACCCGAUCUAUGGAUACCUGGCUAACCGCGAGCUAGAUGUCUCAGAGUCUGAGCCUAGUGCGAAUGAAUGUGACACUAUCUUCACCAACCGGUCAUCGGAGGAGGAGCUGUCGCACUAUGUUAAGAACUUCAGUUUCAUGGCAUUUAGUCAAAGUCCGGAAACGAUCAGUCGCCUUAGGGUGAGCAGUGCAGACUCGGGUGUCGGUGAUAGCAGGGUACAGUCAAAUCUGGUGACGCCGCGCAGCGCCAGCAGGGCAGCUGAACAAGACGAAGGGAACAUGAACACGAUCUGCUCCGAAUCUGGUCGGAGAAGAUUACGGGCUGCCGGAGCGCGCUCUCGGCAAUCUAUUCUGUCGCUUGGACUGUCAUUCCGUAGUAUCUAUGACAGUUUAUCUUUGGAUCACCCGCAACCUUUAGUCACCACAUCAUGUGUCUCGUCUUCAAAUCAACAUUUACAUGAUUCUUUGACAAUGGUGACGUCACUUUCUACUGUUGAUGUCACAUGCGCAAGCACACCAAGCGGACAUCAUAGUCAAUGCACAUGUGCAAAUAAUAGUAUUUUUGGUGAAAGUAGUUUUGAUAGAACAGAGUAUUCUACAAUUUUGGCAUCAGCUGACCAGAGUGGACAAUUGGACUAUUUUGGUGGCUUUUCAAAAAGAAACACAUUGGAUACAGGUGACCACUGGUACGAAUGCAUAAACGCAGACACGGACAUUUCACACGUCAUUCCGUCUGAUUCGGAAUCUCCAAUUUAUGAGAAUCCAGGCUUUCUAUUGAGUAAUCACGAAAUCUCAGCUUAUGAAAAAGUUUGAUAAACCUCAAGUAUUUUUGUUGAAAUACGGAUAUGGUAACGAAAUGUACGGGAUCAUAUA